AUGUCAUUCAGCACAACUCAAGACAUCUUUCAAAUAAAACCCCUGUUACAAAAUAUAGAAAUAAAACUAUGUUCUAGAAGCGAGAGCGGGGUAAAACAAAUACUAGCUCUAGUAACAAGUGAUGGAAAUUUAGUGUUACAUUACACCUAUGGUGAACUGUCACCAGUAUUGAAAAUAGUUCCUUGGUAUAGUGAUAAUCACAAACAAAUCGAAGGGAUUUGUUUUGACCCCUCUGCAUCUUGGUUGCUUGUCAUUUCUAUUGACUGUUCCUUGUACAUCAUUCCUGCUCUAAAUCUUGUUGACAGAAAGCAAAAGAUUGACUGCAAAUGGUCCCUGAAUGAUGUGACAUAUUUUCCUAAGCAUCCCCAAACUCCUGAAGCUAGGCCCACUAGCAUUGUUUGGUGGCAAACAUUAGAUUGUAAUCAGAAUGCCAUAGUUGGAUUUGAAAAUGGGGCUGUGGUAUUGAUCAGCUUGACUGAUGGUAGAUGUUUGGGGAGCUGUAGUAUUCCUGAGGCUGUUGACCAUCUUCAUUUGUGCCAAGAUAAUAGUUUGGAGAUAAUUUCUUUGUUGAUAAAUGCAGUUAGUGGCCAGCAAUAUCGCUUGGUUCUUGAAAAUCGCUCUACUGGUUAUCUUUGGCCCCCAGAAGCUUAUACCCAGACGGAAGAUUCAACUCGUUCUCGACUAUAUAAUCUCAAGCAAAUAGGAGUCGAUAAACUAGUCUCUCUAAAACAGAGGCUUUCCGAAGCUAGAGGAGGGCGUAGAGAUAGUCAAACUAGUGAGAGUGCUAGUGAAUCGUCACAUUCAGAGUCUGUUCAUUCAACUCAUACUGGACCAGAGUUGCUGCCACAUUUAUGUGAUACUUAUUUUUCUCCACAAUAUGCAAGGAAUAGAUAUUUGUUUUCUGCUCUCUAUAAACCUACUAGCUUGCUAACCGUACAUGCAGUUGAUGUUGAAUCAGCUCCUCUUUAUAUUCACAAAUUACCACAAAAUACCACAACUGUUUUGUUGACAGAUCGAUUAAUGUACGCGGUGAAUGAUGAUGCUAACAUAGUUUCUGUGUUGAGUUCACAGUUGUCCGAAUGUAGACUUGAAGGAGAUUCUGAUUUCAAUAGUGAAUCACUAGUCGCACAAUUUCGCAUUGAAAGUGGAAAAAUCCUGAAGGUAUUCAGGCUUGUAGAUUUAUCUUCGGUUAGGUUAAGAAAAAAUAGAGACGAUAAUAAAAAAGACAAAUUAUUUGAGUUACCAAAAACUGCUGAUGAUCUGAACAUACAAAAACCGAGGAUCGAUACCUGUGUUAUUGUUACUGAUAAUUGUGUUUAUAAAGUAGUUGUAAGUUGUUCUCCCAUUACCAAAUUUGUGCAAUAUGUAACAGAAGAAGGCGACUUGCAGAAGGCGGAAAAAUUCUCCAUAAUUUUCGGCCUGAACAUUCAGCAGCUCUUGGAAAGUUGCGGAGACCUUUUUAUUUCAAGAGGGGCCUACCACUCUGGCAUCAUCCUGUACAAACAGGCGAAAGUGCAUCUGCUGAAACGAGUGUUGAAACUAGCGGUUUCUGUUGAUUGCAAAGUUCUGCUGAAGUUUGUCCAUUUGUGUUUGAGUGCUAGCAAAGUGGAUAUGUCAAUUGCCACUAAGAUUCAUAUAGGAAAUUUGGCAGUUAUGGCUUACACAGAGUUGAUUUUGAGGUAUGGGGGGUUGCAGAGGAUAUCAAAUACUAAGGAUUUCAUGAACUUCCUGUGCUGUGAAGAAUACUACGACCAAAUCCUGGCAGUGAACGUCGCUUGCCAAGCGGGCCACUGGAACAUCGUGGCUCUCCUCGCCAAAUCGCGGGGCCUGCAAGCCGAGGUCGUCUCCGCUUUGGGCCAGAUCCUGCAGAACGCCAGCGCCAGUGCUCCCAGACCGACCGAGCACAACUUCCUGUACGCCCUUUCGGAGCCGUCACUGGCGCAGAGCCUGAUGAUCUCCGGGCAGAGCGCGCAGUUCAUCUUCCAGUACGUCCGGACGAACGUGGAUUCCUUUUCGUUGGAGAUUUUAAGGCGACUGGCGGUCCAGCUGGAUCCCAGUCAGCCGUGCGCUGUUCCGCUGGUCAGCAGAUUGUUUCAGACGACGAAGUUCUCGUCCAGCUUGGACACGACGAUCGAGUCCGUGGAUUUCGAGAAUCCUGAUAGGAGUGUGGUUACGCUGAAGGAUUUGAUCGAUACGUUUCUGACUGUGGUGAUACAUUUGGUCAGGAAGACUGAGAAACUCGGCUUCGACCUGACCCUCCUGGACGCCACCGACCCCCCUAAACCGCCGCCCGUACACACGCCCAUCAUCAGCAAGCUGCCCGACCUCCGGCCGCUGAGCUGCGGCUACGAGCACGCGGCUGUCGUGCGCAACCACGCCGUCUACACGAUGGGCGCGUCCGGCUCGGGCCGCCUCGGCCUCGGCCCGCUGUUGACGCAGAGCAGCCCGCCCAGGCGAGUGCACACGCUGGCCGAGGUGCGCGUGAAGGUGCUGAGCGUGGCGUGCGGCAGGAGGCAUACGCUGGCGCUCACCGAUUUCGGGGUGUACUCGUGGGGCUCGAACGCGUACGGCCAAUUGGGCCACGGCCGGCACGUUCGCGAGUGCCCGCGCCCGCACCCGGUGGCGUCGCUGGCGUCGCGACGCGUGGUCGAAGUGGCGGCCGGCCAGUACCACGGCGUGGCGCUGACGGAUGCCGGCCGGGUGCUGACCUGGGGGUGGGGCGUGCACGGCCAGCUCGGCCACGGCGGGGGGGACGACGAGUGGCGGCCGCGGGAGGUGGACUUCCCGCACGCCGUCAAACAGGUUUCUGCUGGACACGCACAUACUUUGAUACUCACGACAGAAGGAAAAAUAUAUGGAUUUGGUUCUAAUCUUUUCGGGCAGUUGGAAAGUUGCCAAUUGGACUCGAACAAAUCUGCUAAGCCUGUUUGGGUUCUGCUGAUGCCCGACAUGUAUGUGCCUGUAGAGAAGAUUGCUACAGCAUAUUUCCACAAUAUUGCGAUUAGAGUUGACCAAGAGGUUUACACUUGGGGCGCCAAUCCCCAAGAAGUGAGGCUAUUUCAAUCUAAGAACAACCAAAAGCACAGCGGUCCAUCUCUCGGACCGACCGAUGGCUGGAAGAACAGCGUUCACAUCUAUUCAGGACUGAGUAAGAAGCCCAUCGAUCAAGUUGCUGUUGGAUAUAGACAUCAAGCAGUCUUGCAUAAUGGUAAAAUAUUGUGGGGCAGAAGUAAAGACGAAGAAUUAAGUCCUCCGAAACUCAGGCAGGAGGACACUGUGAAUAGUCUGUUCGCACAAAAGUUUCUCCACAUAUCAUGUGGUUUGGACUACACCAUGGCUAUCGACCAUACUGGAAAAGUUCUAGCAUGGGGAAGUUCAUCUAUGGCACAAACACUUCUGGGUCGACCCGUAGAAGAUGACAACAGAAAACUGGAGGGCAAAGUCGUUCUAUUCAAAAAUACCAAAAGAAUAUUAAAAUUCCCUAGCGCCAUGCAAGACAGCACCGACAAUUUACCCAUCGAAGUCCCAGGACUCCCCACAAUGGCCAUAACUUUUAAUCCCAGUGACCAGAAGCUACUGUUUUCCAAGAGUUUCCUACCUUACUCCAUUCGAUUAGUGGAAAACGAAACAGUUUCCUUCAAGGAAACCUCAAGCAAAUGUUUUUCGCACAUUUACGAAAGUCCAAAUUUUAUAUUCGGACACAAGACUCUACAUUACGUUCUCGAAACCUAUUAUGGCUUCUACGAUACAGACAGCAUACUGUCAAGGUGUCUGGAAGCGCACAACUACCAAGCGGCGGCGAAAAUUGCAUUCUUAGACGGCCAUUACGGUGACAGCUUAGGCUUCCAACUUGUAGCAUUCAAAAACCACAUGGAAUCACUGGACCUCAACCUGCUAGCCAAGAAAAACUCGAUCGGCGGCAGAGAAAAAGAUCAAGGCUAUGUGGAACUCAUAGUCCGCAAUAUACAAGAGGAUCUGAACGAGAGGAACCUGAAUUGUCCCGUCGGACACAUGUCACCAGCGCACAUUUUGAGCACGAGUUCUUCAUUGGACAGCAUCAGACAGUGGGGGGACGAGGUGGAGCACCAAGGGGGUUGCGAGAGCCCCUGCGAAGUCUCGGAAGUGGGGGACAUCCGGCAGAACAUUUCUCAGUACGUGAAGUCUUUGAAGAAUCACGAACGGUCGCCGCCCAUUUCGAGCGUGUCCAAAAUGGUUUCGGAGAUCGAUAAUGUGCAGAUCAAAAUGAAGGACAUGGAGCCGGAGUACCAGAUAAAAGACAAGACGGUAAAGGAAAUUAUAGAUGCAGCAUCGUACCUCGUGGAGUUUUACAUAAGGAAGAUUUACGUGUCGGAGAACCACAUCUUGAUGCAGAACGUCCUGAUGAAGUGCAUCGAGUUUUGGUUAUCCAGUAAUUUGCCGGUUCCUGUACUAGAGAGUAUUCUACUGGAAAACAUGGAUAAGUAUUUUUAUCCUCUUUCAAUUUUACUUUUUUGUAAAAACUUUGACAGGGACGUUGUUAAAGAGAAGCCGAGUUCCUCGGGGUUUUUGAAAGAGUUUUCUACCAAGUUUUGCCUUCAGCUGUGCUCCAUGGUUCUGGAGAACGUGAAUAAAUCAUAA